GGACGUUACAAGGUCGUUACAAGGAGCAAUUCCAGUUCCAGUGAUAUUUGCAUUGAGAACUCUGGUGUGUGAACAGCGUCUGUGCAGGGAUGAUGGAACCGACUGGCUCACCCUUUGACAUCACCACAGAAGAACUUUACGACUAUGCUUUGGACUUAAACUAUACGUAUGACUACGAAGAUGAAAUGUGCAACAAAACAAACAUCAGGCACUUUGGGGCAAUCUUCACUUCAGUGUUUUUCUCCAUUGUGGUCAUCCUCAGUCUCUUUGGCAACAUCCUGGUCAUUGUGAUUCUGGCCAAGUAUGAAAAUAUCAAAUCCCUUAGCAAUGCUUUCAUCCUGAAUCUGGCUAUAUCAGAUCUCCUCUUCACCACUGGUCUGCCCUUCUGGGCCUACUACCACGUGUAUGGAUGGACUUUAGGCGAAGCUGCAUGCAAAAUAGUCAACUUUGUCUUCUACGUUGGCUUCUACAGCAGUGGCAUCCUCCUCAUCUUGAUGACUGCUCACCGUUACGUUGCUGUCAUGAAUCCUCUGUCUGACAUUGUGUCCACCACAGGUUCCUACAGUGUCAUAGUGUGUGUGAUCCUUUGGGCAGUGAGCAUAUUGGUCGCCAGUCCAGCCUUCAUCUUCACCCAAAAGGACCAGGAGUACUGUGGAUAUGCAAGUUCUUACUGGAGCUUAUGGGGAAUCUACCAGCAAAACAUCCUCUUCUUAGUGAGUUCAUUAGUAUUUAUUUUUUGCUAUUCUCAGAUCAUGUGCCGAUUGCUGCGUCCUACCACCCAAAGACGAAGGAGCAAAACUUUAAAAUUAAUUUUUACCCUCAUGGUUGUUUUCUUUGUUGGCUGGGCACCUUACAACGUAGUGAUAUUUCUGAAGUCAAUGUAUUUGUGGGCCAAACCAGUUGCUGACUCAAAGACGGUGGCUAGACUCUGUGAUGCAUCAGAGCCAUUGGAUUACGCCGUGUACAUUGGCCAACUUUUUGCCUUUUCACACUGCUGCCUUAAUCCCGUGUUUUAUGUAUUUGUGGGGGUCAAAUUCAAAAACCACUUGAAGAAAAUGCUUAAGAGCUGGUGUAGUAGCAGCAGCAAUACAAACAGCAGCAUCCGCAGUAGACAUAGCCGACUCACAAUCACAUCAAUAACAAGUGGUGAAGAUUUCUCGAUGUAGUUGAAUUGAGGCGUUUUCGGGACCAAUGAGUUCUGGAGGGACUCCUAGAGAGGGCCUGCCCACUGGGAAGCUCCUCCUGAGAAGGGAUUUAAGGACUGUUUGAAUUUGCACCGCUAAUAGAAACACUGAAAUGAUGGAAUGAAAGUUGGUCAGUGGUUUUGUAUAGCAGUGUCAAGUCAUAAUCAACCACAUCGCAAAUACAAUCAGUAAAGACUGAACUUCACUGUCUGCCCUAAUUUUCUGUGUUUUCUUGCUUUUUUGCAUUUUGAGCUGUUGUCUGUGUUUUCUAUUGUCUCUUGUUUACAAGGCAAAUGAGUUUUUUUUUUUUAAAAUGGUGUUAUGGAGACCAAAACCCAACAAAGUAAAGUUCUAAUAUUGUAAGACAUUUAAUGUAUCAUCCACUCGAUUUUCAUUUCAACCAAAUUAUAACACCUGACCAAAGUAAAAAUCCAACAUCUUUCUGACAUUGGGUUGACAUCCAGUGCAAGCUGAGUUGCAUUACUCAUGGAUCCUCAUGUGCUGGGAGAGUAACUACUCUAAGAUAAGAGCCAUAAGAAGUCCAUUAAAACAGCCUUUAAAGAUCUAUAACAGUUUGUUUUGCGGUGUGUACACAAUAAACAGGGGGAUUCUUAGAACUAGAGUCCUAGAACUAUAAAGUAAUUGUCUUUGGUCCCAAAUUGCCUUUGAAGAGCUAAAGAAUGCCAAAAACUGCAGUUCUUCACCUGAGGCUGGCUCCGGAAGUGAGUCCAUCCCAAUACACCCACAUGUUAAUAUGCCCACCAGGCUAUCAGCCGAUAGUGUCCCCAGGUUCUCAGUCAGAUCCACUCUCCUCCCUAGCACCAGCCUCUCAAUCAAAUAUGGUCAAACUCAGCUCCAAAACAUCAAGAUGGUGACAGGCAUAAUGCCAAACCCGAGGCUUCAAAAAAAGGAGUCUACAAACCAGUGGAUGAUGUAGCGGUAGCCACAUCCAUUAUUGUUACAGUCUAUGUUUUUCACACAGGAAACAAAUGCUGGGUUAAGGUCCUGUUUGUGUAUGCUGGAGCUGGUGAAAGGCUUGUAUGUUGGUUAGAGAAGUCAAGAACCACUGACCAGGUUGCUUUAUUUGAUGCCCUCAGAAUGAGAACAGGCUGGUUAGUAUGUAUAAGAUUUUAAAUGCAUGUUGAUAAUUUGAUUAUACAUUGUGUUAGAGAUUAUUUGUGGUUCACUUUG